CCUGUGUCCUGGAAGCAAAGUCACUAUAGGAUCCCACGUUCACUUUUCGCCGUGGCCAGAUACGAGUCGUCAGGCUAACAUGCUAAACAUUUGCAAGCUUUUAUAAGGAAGCGAGGCGGCGGAGACCGACUUUGACUGUGACGAUGGUAAGAUACUGUUAGCCGGGUACGACUGGCCAGAGGUGGCUUUAUCAAACGCGAGGCUGAAUUUGCAAUCGUGGUCUAUUGUAACGUUCACGGAUCCGGUAUGAUUCUCGACCGUGAUCAGAUAACGUCGGUCCCGGAUGCGGCUCCCGUCACGAAGGAUGCAGUUCUAGUAGUCAUUGCUCGAGUUCGGGUGUUCGGCGGAAUGAUGCAGCUCUUCCCGCCAUUUCGCGAUCGAACGGUAAUUCGAAUCGGUCCAACAGUCAGAACAGAACAUCCGAUGGUUCGAUUUGAUGUCACCUGAUCCUCGUGAAGGUCAGCCAUAAAAGAUUAGACACAGGGAUCGAGAAGCCUUCAACUGCACUGGCGACAUUGUCUCCUUGCAGAAUUCUUUCGACCACUCCUGGUGAUUGCGAUGUUUCCAAUGACGUCAACGGUGUCCACUUACGAUGUGAAUUUCAUUCUCGGCGUAAAAGCUCUGAAUGACCUGAUCAGGUGCUUCGGUCCAGGCGGAGAAAUGAGAAGGGGAUAAAUUGAUAAGCUAGUGUAGCGGGCGACGUAGAACUGGCGGUCUAUGAUACACCGUAGAGAACUUAUCGUGGCGCAGAGAUACUAGGUGCAAAACUCUUGAUGGAGCUCGCUGGAGAGACUCAAUUUCCAGAUCCAUGACAAUGGAAAUUUGGUGCUUCGUAUCCUGCCACCAAUUAUCGUGACAGUUAGGCACCCUCAGACAGCUACCACUCUUGACAUGUACAAUGCGGUUGGGUUGACGCUUCCGUAUGUGUGCGGUUGUUAGUAUAUAGGCGUGAGAUUUCGUGCAUCAAGAAGUCCACAACUUAUUCGUUGACGAAUACAUACAUCGGGCUGCCUGUUUGUGCCUGCCGAGGGGCAGUUACAUCCGCAUUAGAAAGAAUAGAAACGCGGCUGUUGCGUUCGUUCUCGAUUUCCUACAAUCGUUAUGGUUUCCGAUGGAAUAGCCAUCGAUGCCCCUCUUUUUUUUAAUGCGAUGAAAACCCUCAAAAUUCACAGAGUGGAAGCGUCAAUCACCUCCUGAAAUGUACAUCAGAUUCAAUCGAUGAAAUCAGAUACUGAUUUUUGUGACUCACCUAGAUUCAAUGAUACGAAGAUAUCCUUCC